AAUGAAAUUUCAUUCAACUUUUCAACAUGUCAAGCCCCGAAGUUAAAGCUCCAGCGCGCAGCAACUUGGUUUAUUAGUUGGACAGACGUGACUUUCUGAAUAGUCAGCACUAGGCGUAUCUCCUUGCCAGACUAUAUUCGACGUGAUGGUUCUCAGAGAGAGCAUCUUAGAAGUGUUGAAUGCUAUUUCGAAGAGAGAUACCACCCAGUUCGAUCGUGGAGAUAUCUCCUUCAUAAUCGUGGCGGGUGCCAUGGUAUCUUUUAUGAUACCAGGUCUCGCUUUUCUAUAUUCCGGAUUGGCGAGAAGAAAGUCCGCUUUGACCCUUAUCUGGGCAGUUACUGCCAGCAACGCAGUCUGUAUUUUUCAGUGGUACUUCUGGGGUUACUCCUUGGCGUUUUCGCCAACUGCCACCAAUGGAUUCAUAGGCAACCUUGCCCACUUUGGCCUGAUGGAUGUCCUUGGUGACCCGUCACCAGGUUCCCCACUAAUUCCUGACCUGUUAUACGCAUUCUACCAGAUGGAAUUCGCAUGCGUCACAGUAGGAAUACUGGUGGGAGGAAUCGCUGAGCGCGGACGGGUCCUUCCUGCUAUGGUUAUUACGUUUUUGUGGAUGACCUUGGUUUAUUGCCCUCUCGCUUGUUGGCCGUGGAAUAUAAACGGAUGGGCCUUCAAAUACGGCGUUCUCGAUUAUGCAGGUGGAGGUCCCGUGGAGAUCGGAAGCGGGGUCGGAGGACUUGCCUAUGCCUGGGUGCUUGGCCGCAGGCAGAAGGAGGAACUCCUGAACUUCAGACCGCACAAUGUCUCCAUGGUUAAUCUGGGUACAUUCAUACUCUGGUUUGGAUGGCUAGGUUUCAAUGGUGGUAGCGCUUUUGGGGCGAAUUUGCGCGCCGUCAUGGCGGUGUGGAACUCAAUGCUUGCUGCUGCGUGUGGCGGUAUCGUCUGGUGCCUCCUCGACUACCGCCUGGAGCGCAAAUAUACUAUGGUCGGGUUCUGCUCUGGAACCAUUGCUGGUCUCGUAGCAGCCACGCCUGCUUCAGGAUUCAUCCAUCCAUGGGCAGCAGUAAUCAUGGGCAUAAUCACUGGCGCUGUGUGUAAUUACGCAACUAAAGUUAAAUUUCUUCUUCGUAUGGAUGAUGCACUCGAUCUUUUUGCUGAGCACGCUGUCGGCGGGAUAUUGGGUCUCUUGAUGAAUGGAUUUUUCGCUUCCCGUUCUAUUAUCGCCCUGGAUGGCGUCAAUACAAAUGUCCCUGGUGGCUGGGUCGACCACAACUGGAAACAGCUUUACAUCCAAGUCGCCUAUAUUUGCGCGACGUGUUCAUACUCAUUCGUUGUUACUGCUCUCAUUGCCAAGUGCGUCAACGCUAUCCCUGGCCUUCACUUACGCACAACGGCUGAGGGUGAGAAACUCGGUCUUGACGAAGUCGAGAUCGGUGAAUUUGCGAAUGACUACAUCGAAGUACGGCGUGACUUCAUGGACUGGACGGCAUUUGGCAACGGUAUAGGUACACGCCAACCCAGCGCCGCUGGUGACAGACACGGCCAACCAGACCUCGCGCAACAGGAUCAACAACAAAAUUUACGGGCUGAAGAACUGAGUUCCGAUAGUACUGAGGAGAAGUCCAUUGAACUCCCCCAGGCCGACGCGGCCUCUCCUUAAUUGCACAUAUAUUUUAAUCGUCUGUCGUUUCGGUUAUUGCGUGCACCAGUCUUCACUCUCUUUUCUAUUCCUAUUUCCCAGCAUAAUUAUUAGGAGGGUACAUUGCUAACCUUCUGUACUUCACUUGACUAUAGCUCAUCUCAAGAAGAGGGCGUAUUUACAUAAGUUAUGGUACAUAUAGUUACCUAAAACAUCUACUGCUGGUAUCGUCGCUACAUCGUAAUAUUUAUCACUGCAUGUGCAGCCAAAAUUGCAGUCUGUCGAUUCUGAGUC